ACUCAUAAUGAUAGAGUUCGAAUCCCGAGGCAAAGUCAUUCACACCGAUUUAUCGACAAGCUUUUUGAUCAGCGUCAUCGAGACAAAACCCUCAUCGGAGACGGCGGAGUAGAAGAAGAAGAAGAAGAAGAAGAGAGGGAUGGGUGGUGUUGGCUUCGCAAUGGGAGUUCUCGGUGGCCUUCUUCUCGCUCACGCCGCCUACGCCACCAUCCAAUAUCGUGGCAUGCUGAAGAUCGUGGAGGAGGAGUUCUCUGGACCUCCCAUGAACGUCGUGGUGGAGCUUCUCAUUGCUAUGACCCUCUGUAUGGUUGCUGGUCUUACCGUGCCUGGCAAAUUCCUCUCCAUACUACCUGAUUCUGAUGAAAACCGGGUCGUUUCAUUACCAGCUAACCUAGACUUUAUGAUCUUCAAUCAUCGAGGGAGAGUACUCCCAUUUGAUGCUGAUUUGAAGUUUGAAGAAAUAGAACAUCUCUUUGUAUUGAGACAUCUUUUCUCUGUUAUAAGCUCAGAUUUAUUGAAGGGAAUAACACAGUGAUUGACUGGUCUUUUCUUUUUAUGUCUUAGUUCUUUUGAUCUAAGACUGUAAUGCGCUAAGAUUUACUUCAAUAGCAUUUUUUGGAGCUAAUUUUGGUUGCCA